AUGGCCGCCAUAGCAAAGCUCGACAAGAGCGAGAAGGACAAGCAAGACUCCAAGAAGUUGGCAGGCUUCUUGCGUUACGAUGUCUUCCCCUCGCGCUCAUGGAAGAGCCGCGGACUCACAACACCUCAGGUGUCCAGGCCCACUGAGAUCCGCACCGGCGGCCAGCAUUUUGCCCGCGCGCUCGCCUUCAAUAUGGAUGGCACACAUCUCGCCGUCGGCCACGAGUCGCGCACGCUGCGCCUCCACCCCGCUACCGACGGACACGUCUCAGAGCGGGCGAGCACGCUUCCGUCUACGGGUGACAGUCCGCACCGCGGCAACGUGGCCAGCCUGGCGUGGUCGCCACGCGACCCAAGCAUCCUCGUGUCGGGAUGCAAGGGUGUGCGCGGCGACUCAGUUGUCGCCGUGUGGGACGUGCGCGCGCCAGCAGCGCCACUCGCGACGUUCACAGUGCCCGGAGACGUGUUGCACGUCGCCUUCCAUCCGAACGGCAAGCACUUUGCCGCCGUGUGCCCGAGAUCGGAGCGCGACGUCGUGUUCUUCUACCACCUCAAGGACGGGGCGUGGGUCAAGCGCGAGGAUGUGCAAAUCAACGGGGCAGGAGUCGGCGGCGGCGAGGAGCAAGUCAACUCGCUCCGUUUCGGGAACGGGGGUAGCUCGGCCCUAGCGGUAAACCAGGACGGGUCGCUCAAUACCUGGCGAUACCCCGUCGAUGAGAUUGUGCGCGAGCAGCCGGUCGACAGGCCAGCGAAGCGCGCGCGCUCACAUGAGCCAGAGCCUGAGGAGGAGAAGGAGGUUGUUGAGCGCGAGCCGACACCAGAUCCGGAGCCAGAACCUGCGCCGGAUCGCGAGGCGCCCGAGUCCGUCGAGGGAGAGGGCGAGGGUGAAGGCGAGGGCGAGGGCGAGGGCGGGGGUAAGGGCGAUGAUGAGAAUGGGGAAAACAAGGGCGAGGAGGAAGGAAGAGGGCCCCAGAUGGACGUGGACGCAGACAAGGCUGAGCCUGGGCAAGAAGGCGAGGACCUUGAGGACAGGCCCGUGGAUGGCGAGCCAACCACCAACGACGAGUCAGCGGACGCAGUGGCCGAGACCAAUGCCGAUGCCGCCGCCAAUACCGGCUCAGAAACAGACGGUGACGCAGUAAUGGCAGAGGCCGAGCCCGGCGAGGGCGCGCUUCCUACGCCCGCGCUCACACCUGCGCCCGGAACCCCUGCGCCCGGAACGCCGGCGCCUGGUACGCCGGCGCCUGCGUCCGCCGUUCCGUCGCGCGCGCCCUCGCCAACGAAGCAUGAGAAGACGCAGGCAGAGGUGGACGCCGCCGAGGCCGCGGCGAAGGCAGCGGUGCGUGCUGAGGGCGAAGCGCACGUCCGCCUCAUCCAGCUCGAGCGGGGGCCGCGCAAGGUCGUGAGCGUAGGCCUGUCGCUAGCGCUGGCCGUGGAUCCACAGGGACGAUACUACGCUGUUGGGGGCCACGAUGCGCGCCUCUCACUGCUCAGCACGACGACGCUGAUUGUCGCGCGCACGUGGGACGAGUGCUCUGCGCCGAUCCGGCACGCCGCUUUCAGUGCAGACGGCGAGUAUCUGGCCACGGGCGGAGACGAGGCUGCCAUCAUGGUGUUUGGCGUCGCGAGCGGCGAGCUCGUCGCGCGCGUGCCCACCCUCGGGCAUGUGAGCGGGCUCAGCUGGCACCCGACGAAGAACCUUCUUGCCUACGUCACCAACGCCAAGAACCGCGCUGUCGGGUGGUGGCUGCUCACUGUCGAGUAG